AUGUGGCGCUGGGUCCGGCAGCAGCUGGGUUUUGACCCACCACAUCAAAGUGACACAAGAACUAUUUACAUAGCCAAUAGGUUUCCUCUAAAUGGCCUUUACACACCUCAGAAAUUUAUAGAUAACCGGAUCAUUUCAUCUAAGUACACUGUGUGGAAUUUUGUUCCAAAGAAUUUAUUUGAACAAUUCAGAAGAGUGGCAAAUUUUUAUUUUCUUAUUAUAUUUUUGGUUCAGCUUAUGAUUGAUACACCUACCAGUCCAAUUACCAGUGGACUUCCAUUAUUCUUUGUGAUAACAGUAACGGCCAUAAAGCAGGGGUAUGAAGAUUGGUUACGACAUAACUCAGAUAAUGAAGUAAAUGGAGCUCCUGUUUAUGUUGUUCGAAGUGGUGGCCUUGUAAAAACAAGAUCAAAAAACAUCCGGGUGGGUGAUAUUGUUCGAGUAGCCAAAGAUGAAAUUUUCCCUGCAGAUUUGGUGCUUCUGUCCUCAGAUCGACCUGAUGGUUCUUGUCACGUUACAACUGCUAGUUUGGAUGGAGAAACGAACCUAAAGACUCAUGUGACAGUUCCAGAAACAGCAGUAUUACGAACAGUUGCUAAGUUGGACACUCUUGUAGCUGUGAUAGAAUGUCAGCAACCAGAAGCAGACUUGUACAGAUUCAUGGGACGAAUGAUAAUAACUCAACAAAUGGAAGAAAUUGUAAGACCUCUGGGGCCAGAGAGUCUCUUACUUCGUGGAGCCAGAUUAAAAAAUACAAAAGAAAUUUUUGGUGUUGCUGUGUAUACUGGAAUGGAAACAAAGAUGGCGUUAAAUUAUAAGAGCAAGUCACAGAAGCGAUCUGCAGUAGAAAAGUCAAUGAAUACAUUUUUGAUAAUUUAUCUAAUAAUCCUUAUUUCUGAAGCCAUCAUCAGUACUAUCUUGAAAUACACAUGGCAAACUGAAGAAAAAUGGGAUGAACCUUGGUAUAACCAAAAAACAGAACAUCAGAGAAAUAGUAGUAAGAUUUUGAGAUUUAUUUCAGACUUCCUUGCCUUUUUGGUACUCUACAAUUUCAUCAUUCCAAUUUCAUUAUAUGUGACAGUCGAAAUGCAGAAAUUUCUUGGAUCAUUUUUUAUUGGUUGGGAUCUUGAUCUCUAUCAUGAAGAAUCAGAUCAGAAAGCUCUAGUUAAUACUUCUGAUCUGAAUGAAGAGCUUGGACAGGUGGAAUAUGUGUUUACAGAUAAAACUGGCACACUGACAGAAAACGAGAUGCAGUUUCGGGAAUGUUCAAUUAAUGGCAUAAAAUACCAGGAAAUCAAUGGUAGACUUGUAUCUGAAGGACCAACACCAGACUCUUCAGAUGGAAACUUAAGUUAUCUUAGUUUUUCCCAUCUUAACAACUUACCCCAUCUUACAUCCACUUCUUUUAGAACCAGUCCUGAAAAUGAAACUGAACUAAUUAAAGAACACGAUCUCUUCUUUAAAGUAGUCAGUCUCUGUCACACUGUACAGAUUAGCAGUGUUCAGACUGAUGGCAUUGGGGAUGGUCCCUGGCAAGCCAGCCUGGCACCCCCCCAGUUGGAGUACUAUGCGUCUUCACCAGACGAAAAGGCCUUAGUGGAAGCUGCUGCAAGGAUUGGCAUUGUAUUUAUUGGCAAUUCUGAAGAAACUAUGGAAGUUAAAAUACUUGGAAAACUGGAACGGUACAGACUGCUUCAUAUUCUGGAAUUUGAUUCAGAUCGCAGGAGAAUGAGUGUAAUUGUUCAGGCACCUUCAGGUGAGAAGUUUUUAUUUGCUAAAGGAGCUGAGUCAUCAAUUCUCCCUGCAUGUAUAGGUGGAGAAAUAGAAAAAACAAGAAUUCAUGUAGAUGAAUUUGCUUUGAAAGGGCUAAGAACUCUGUGCAUAGCAUAUAGACAAUUGACAUCUAAAGAAUAUGAAGUAAUAGAUAGACGCCUAUUUGAAGCCAGGACUGCCUUGCAGCAACGGGAAGAAAAAUUGGCAAAUGCCUUCCAAUUCAUAGAGAAAGACCUAAUAUUACUUGGAGCGACAGCAGUAGAAGACAGACUACAAGAUAAAGUUCGAGAAACUAUUGAAGCAUUGAGAAUGGCUGGUAUCAAAGUAUGGGUACUUACUGGAGAUAAACGUGAAACAGCUGUUAGUGUGAGUUUAUCAUGUGGACAUUUUCACAGAACCAUGAAUAUCCUCGAACUUAUAAACCAGAAAUCAGACAGCGAAUGUGCUGAACAAUUGAGGCAGCUUGCCAGAAGAAUUACAGACGAUCAUGUGAUUCAGCAUGGGCUGGUGGUGGAUGGGACCAGUCUAUCUCUUGCACUCAGGGAGCAUGAAAAACUAUUUAUGGAUGUUUGCAGAAAUUGCUCAGCAGUAUUAUGCUGUCGUAUGGCACCACUGCAGAAAGCUAAGGUAAUAAGACUGAUAAAAAUCUCACCUGAGAAACCUAUAACAUUGGCUGUUGGUGAUGGUGCUAAUGAUGUAAGCAUGAUACAAGAAGCACAUGUUGGCAUAGGAAUCAUGGGUAAAGAAGGAAGACAAGCUGCAAGAAACAGUGACUAUGCAAUAGCAAGAUUUAAAUUUCUCUCCAAGUUGCUCUUUGUUCAUGGUCACUUUUAUUAUAUUAGAAUAGCUACCCUUGUACAGUAUUUUUUUUAUAAGAAUGUGUGCUUUAUCACACCCCAAUUUUUAUAUCAGUUCUACUGUUUGUUUUCUCAACAAACAUUGUAUGACAGCGUGUACCUGACUUUAUACAAUAUUUGUUUUACUUCCCUGCCUAUUCUGAUAUAUAGUCUAUUGGAACAGCAUAUAGACCCUCAUGUAUUACAGAACAAGCCCACCCUCUAUCGAGACAUUAGUAAAAAUCGUCAAUUAAGCAUUGCAAAUUUUCUUUACUGGACCAUCCUGGGUUUCAGUCAUGCCUUCAUUUUCUUUUAUGGAUCCUAUUUUCUAAUGGGGAAAGAUAUAUCUCUUCUUGGAAAUGGCCAGAUGUUUGGAAACUGGACAUUUGGCACCUUGGUCUUCACAGUAAUGCUUAUUACAGUCACAGUAAAGAUGGCUUUGGAAACUCAUUUUUGGACCUGGAUCAACCAUUUUGUUACUUGGGGAUCUAUUAUAUUCUAUUUUGUAUUUUCUUUGUUUUAUGGAGGGAUUCUCUGGCCAUUUUUGGGCUCCCAGGAUAUGUACUUUGUAUUUUUCCAGCUCCUAUCAAGUGGUUCUGUUUGGUUUGCCAUAAUCCUCAUGGUGGUAAUAUGUCUGUUUCUUGAUAUUGUGAAGAAAGUAUUUGACAGACAUUUCCAUCCUACGAAUACUGAAAAGGCACAGCUUACUGAAACAAAUUCAAGUAUCAAGUGCUUGGACUCCAUGUGCUGUUUCUCAGAAGGCGAGACAGCGUGCGCGUCUGUUGGAAGAAUGCUGGAACGAGUCAUAGGAAGAUGCAGUCGGGCCCAUGUCAGCAGAUUAUGGAGUGCAUCGGAUCCCUUCAAUACCAACGACAGGAGCAUCUUGACUCUCUCCACAAUGGACUCAUCUACUUGUUAA